CCUCACCGCGUCCGUUCCUCCUUCCUCCUUCCUCCCGCGGCUGCUGCUGCCCGGUGCUUCCCCGGUGCGCUCCGGUUUCGGGGUGCCCCCGCAGGUUUUGGGGUGCCCGUACCAGCCAUGGGCCGCUCCUCGAAGGACAAGCGGGACGUGUAUUACCGGCUGGCCAAGGAGGGCGGCUGGAGAGCGCGGAGUGCCUUCAAACUGCUACAGCUGGAGCAGCGCUUCCACAUCCUGCAGGGGGUGCAGCGGGCCGUGGAUCUCUGUGCAGCCCCCGGGAGCUGGAGCCAGGUGCUGAGUCGGCACCUCAGGGGCUCCGAGGGUUCCCCUGCCCAGGUGGUGGCCGUGGAUCUCCAGGCCAUGGCGCCGCUGCCGGGGGUGGUGCAGAUCCAGGGGGACAUCACCAAGGCCUCCACAGCCCAGGAGAUCCAGCGCCACUUCGAGGGGCACCCCGCUGACCUGGUGGUCUGUGACGGGGCCCCUGACGUAACGGGGCUGCACGACCUGGACGAGUACAUCCAGGCCCAGCUGCUGCUGGCAGCACUGAACAUCACCACCCACGUCCUGAAGAAAGGCGGCACCUUCGUGGCUAAGAUUUUCCGUGGCAAGGACGUGACCCUGCUCUACUCCCAACUGCGCCUCUUCUUCCCCGACGUCACCUGCGCCAAGCCCCGCAGCAGCCGCAACUCCAGCAUCGAGGCUUUCGUGGUGUGCCGUGGCUACAGCCCCCCCGAGGGCUUCGUGCCCACCAUGGAGAACCCCCUGCUGGAGCCCGAGGCGGGGCUGUCCCUGGCCGCCCUCCCCGGCCCCUCCCGGGCCAUCGUUCCCUUCGUGGCCUGUGGGGACCUGAGCGCCUUCGACCCCGACCGCAGCUACUCCCUGCAGCUGGACCCCGCACGGCCCUACAGCUUCGUGCCGCCCCCCGCGCCCCCCAUCGCCCCCCCCUACAGCCACGCCUGCCGCCUGCGCCGGGACCCCCGCCCGGACCCCCGCCCGGGCGUGCAAGGGGCCACGUGUGAGGGGGACAGACCCCCGUGUGAGAUGAGUGUGCAAGAAUCCUCCCGGGGGAUGGGUGUGCAAGAGCCGCCGUGCGAGGAGCUGCGGCAGCUGCGCCUGUUGGACUGAAUGGCUGCCUGAAACGGGGGUGUGCAAGGACCCCCCCAUGGGUGUGCAAGGCCCUGGUGGGUGUGCAAGGUCCCUCCCCUUACACGCGCGUGUGCAACACCCCAAUAAACGCCCCUCGCUCGC